AUUGUAUUUAAAUGCAAAUUCAACAAAAGAAAUUUGCUAAGACUUGUAUAAGAUGAUGAAAUCCAAAAGGAAAUGUUUUACUAUGAUUAUCCAGAUCUGAAAGCAUUCUUUACUAUCUUGUACACAGGAGCAUACGUUUUGAAUUGUGAGUAAAGCUUGCUUCAUAGCCCAGACAAUCAGCAUACUUCUCAACACUGGUAACAAACUUGUAGUAAGAGGAGGAGCCUAGCUCAGAGGUAGUGUGGGUGGGACUAAUACAUAUUAAAGUUUUGGCAUGAGAGAAAGAGUUGUCAGAGUUGAAGGUCUAUUUCUAAAAGAUUAAUCCAAAGCUGUGAUUUUUAAAAUUUAAGAUGCUAAGAGUUGAUGUUCAGAUUUUUAUUAUAAUAAUUUUGGGGACCUCUGAUUGCCAGAUAAUUCCCCGGAUUGAAGAAUGUGGACUUGCCUGCUCUCAGGGCAUUCAUUGUAAAAGCAAACCUGCCAGUGAAUCUGAUAUUUUUAACAGUUUCUGCCGAGUUGCUCCAACCACUUCAUCUGCUACUGCACUGAAAAGCAUGAAGCUCUCGACAGUAAUGAAGUGUGUAAAGGGAAGUCAAUGCUUCCUUCACUUAAAUAUUAAAGGAAUACUCAGUCUCAAUGAAAAUAUUCGUGGGCUGGAAAUUUGUUAUCUCUCACUGGACACACAGCAGACCAGUUGCAUGAAUGUGAGGUUUUCUCGAAAAACAAACCAGCAGCCUCUUGGAAGGAAGGUACAAGUACAAUUUAAUUGCUUUGAAGUCAAAGCAGCGCAGCACAUCUAUGUGACUAUGAAAACAAUACCAAAUUACUGUGAAGUAAAGCUGAGUCAGGAAUACUAUGUUGAAGACUGCAGAAACAAUGAUGUGGGAAAACAUAUUCCAUCUUGUUCGGCAGGGAAGUUGGAUUACAGUGUGGACAGGGCAAAGAAAGUCAUAUCUGUGAAUAUAUCCCAUUUUCCUGGAGACCAAGACUAUUAUGUUCGCUUAUGUCACAAAUGGUUUAUUUGUGAAGACGCAGGGGCAUUGGCUCGGAUAAAAGGGAAGGAGUCUUUUAAAUCAAUUUCUUUGCAGUACUCCAAGUUACUGCCUUGUCUCUGCAUUGAGGGUUGGGAAGCAGUUCCAGAUGCAAGGAGGAUACAACUUUGCCCUUUUAAAAAUGAUACCAAGGCACUAUGGGAUAACAUUAUGUAUAAUUCAGCCACACAAACACUAGCCUGGGAACCAGCCUGUCCUGUGCAAGUCAGAGUUAGCCUAUGCAGGUUAAUGAAGUCUAAUUACCAAUGUGUGGAUCUCCAAAACUCAUCAUAUACAGUUCCAGAAAAUCACAUAAGAUAUUCUCGUGUGGACAGCCAUCCAGGACUUUGCAUGAAGUUUACCACCAAGCAGGGCUCAUGGAUUAGAUGCCCAUUUGCUUAUGGAAAAUUCCCAGUAUGGAAAAUGAGAAUUGCUGGAACAGAAGAACAGAUACAGGUCUCUUUCACAUCACAAACCAAGGCACAAUUGUCAGUGUUGGUGUGUAACCAGAUGCAGCUGUCUUCCUGUGAAUCUUUUGGGACACACUAUUCAGUUUCUUUGGGUGGCUCGGAUUCCACAUCUAUCAAUAUUCCGGGUGAAAUAUGUAGCUCAAAGGUUUGCAUUCAGGCCUGGAGGACAGACGUAGAUUAUUCUGUUCCACUACAAAUCUGCGAUAUCCAGUGUGCAUUAUCUUCACGGAGUCGAGAUGAAGAUGAAAACUCUUUAAAGGUUAUAUCUCUGACAGCAAUAAUUCUAUUACUUGCAACUAUUCUGACUGUUCUUGGACAUAAAUUUUUGACAGUUUUUCAUCGAAGGACACAUGAAGGCAGAAAUCCAGCACAUAUCGUGAGGUGCAGUUCAUCCACUGGAAUGAAGAGUACCCAACCCUGGCACUGAUGUUGGAGUUGAGUGAAUCGAGCAGAACUCUUUCAAGAUCCUUAGCAGCCUUUUCAAUAGUACCUUAAUGGUACCUUAUAAUUGGAAAUCUUUGCUCAAAUAUGUCAUCCUCUCUCAUGCAAAGAAUUCCCAUCACCUUCUGUGGAAUUAUUUCAUAAGUGAAAGGCUUUGCACGUUCAGCCUACAACAUGUUUUUUCUUUUUUUUUUUAAUAACUUCAAAUGAAGGAGUAUUAUGCAUUCUCUCUCUUCCAGGGUGUCAAAAACAGCAAGAUCUGUUGUGGGUAGGAAAUCAAGUUCAUACUUUCCUGUGAAAUUAAUUGUUUUUUUAAUAUGCCAGAAGUGGGCAGCUUUGGUACCUCAAAUGCAUUAGUAUGGGUAUUUUAAGAUUUGCACAUUUCUGAUCCUCCCAUUCAAGCUAUAAGCACAAAUUGCUGGGAAAUAUGGACUGGAGGGGAUUUAAUUUAAACAUUGUUAAAUAUAAUUUAUCUCUACAGAACUGUGCCUUUCUUUAUUUUCUGAAACCUUUCUGAUGUCUUUCUGAUGUCUUUAUCUGGGAAAAUCCUGCCCUGGACAGGCUGAUCUUCCUGAAUUUCAGAAAUCCCAAGUUUCUUUGAUAACCAGAUUCAGUAUUUUGUGUUGUAUUCCUUGGACUUAGAUGUAUCUUUCCUGGUUUAUUUUUCCCACUUUGUCAGAAAAUAAAUUUAGCAGUUUUGUUAAAUAAUUUGAAAGUUAAAGCAACAAUGCACACUUUCUCUCUGGGCUGCUGGAUUCUGCUCCCAUUACAGUCAAUGGGAAAAUCCCAACUGACUUCAGUAAGAGGAGGAUCAGGUCUUUAUUUUUCAGGUAUUUAAAACUCUUACAUGGAAAUAUAGUCCUAAAGGAAAGUAUUUUGUUAACGCAGUGAAUUUAAGUGAACUGUUUUUGUUUUGUAUAAUGUUAAUAUUUAUACUUAACAGUAUACAACCACGUGCUGUAAAACUA